AUGAAUGAAGGAGAUGCCAUGAAACAGCAGUUAUGUCGAGACAUAGCUAAGCCUGGUUAUGAAAUUAUCGCUUCAAUUCCACUCACGACUCCGAGAUUCAUCAAAACUCAUUUUCCGUUCACCUUGUUACCUGGGAUUUUAGACGUUGGUUGCAAAAUUGUUUAUGUGGCUCGAAAUCCGAAAGACGUUGCUGUAUCCUGGUACAAUUUAAACAAAGCAAUUCGAACCCAAGGUUUCAUUGGCGAUUUUGCAACAUUCUGGAAUUAUUUUGAAAACGACCUUACGCCAUGGUCUCCGUACUGGGCUCAUGUUCUUGAAGCCUGGGAUUUGAAAGAUCAUCCUAAUGUUUUAUUUAUAUUUUACGAAGAAAUGCAGAAUGAUUUUCCGAAGACAAUAAAAAAAAUAGCGGAAUUUUUGGGCAAAACAUACAGCGACGAAGAAAUAAACAAAGUUGCAAAGUUCUUAGACAUCGAAAAUUUUCGCACAAAUGACAUGGUUAAUAUGUCUGAAUUGAGAGCUUGUGGGAUUAUCGAAAAGGAAAAUUUUAUUCGAAAGGGUGGCAUUGGUGGAUGGAAAGACGUUUUUACACCAGAACUGGAUGUUAGAGCAGAUAUGUGGAUUCAAAAGAAUCUCAAAAAUACCGAUCUACGUUUUCCAUUUUUCAAUAAUAACAAUUGA